AUGAGGAGAUUUGCAGACUUUGCGGCACUGCCCGUGGAUGGCCGGACGGCAAGGAGAAGGUCUGCGGUGUCGCAAAUCGUAUUGGGUCGCUUUCCAAGGUCGAUGGUCAUGGUCGGCCGCUUUGUCGUGGCGGGUACUGCGAAAGCCCGCUGCCUUUGA